AUGAAGAAGCUUUUUGGCUUCAGGAGUAAGAAGGGCGUGUCACCCUUCGGCUCCUCCAUCAGCCUGGGGAGAGACAGAGGUCAUCAUAAAACCAGCUUCCAGCCCUGGUACCACAUCCGAGACAAGGACCUCAGAAAGAUCCACAAAGCUGCCAGCGUAGGCAACGUAGCUAAAGUGCAGCAGGUCCUGUUGCUUGGAGAGAAUGGCUUGAACGAGAAGGACAAGAUGAACAGGACUGCCCUCCACUUGGCCUGUGCCAAUGGCCAUCCAGCAGUGGUGGCUCUCCUCCUGACGAGAAGAUGCCUGCCUAACCUCUGUGACAGUGAAAACAAGACCGCGCUGAUGAAGGCCGUAGAAUGCCAAGAGGAGGAGUGCGCGACUCUCCUGCUGGAGCACGGCGCCGACCCGAACCUCACGGACGCCAAUGGCAACACCGCGCUCCACCACGCUGUCUUUUGCCAGAAUAUAUCACUCGCAGCAAAGCUGCUUUCCUAUCACGCCAAUAUAGAAGCCAGGAACGAGGAUGACCUCACACCACUAUUACUGGCCAUAAGUGAAAGGAAACAGCAAAUGGUGGAAUUUUUAGUAAAGAAAGAAGCAAAUGUACACGCGGUUGAUAAGAUGAAAAGAACCGCCCUCAUCCUUGCUGUCCGUUACGAGUCUAUGAGUGUCGUCAGUCUUCUCCUGCAGCGAGGUGCUGACAUCUUUUCUCAAGAUGUCUUUGGACGGACUGCAGAAGAAUAUGCUGCUCUGAGUGGUUUUAAUAUCAUUUGCCAACUGAUCUCUGAAAAUAAAGAAAAGAGGCCUAAAACUCCUCCCGAAAAGAGCAACCCAGUGGAUACGAGUUCUGAAGAAGACUCUUUAAGCAGGUUUUCCAACACACCUGGUGCUGACUCAUGGCCUCCGUCAGAUGAUGAAGUCUUAGAUUUUGAAACCAAGCAUGUCCCGAAACCAAACUUAGCAAAGCUACUGAAGGCUUUUCAGCAAUCCAAGAGAAACGAAGCAGAAUGUGGCACUGUGAGACGGGAGAGUACCACCUUCUCUGAGAACAAUAAUUCUGAUAGUGAAAUUGAAGAUGUGCUUGAAACCUUUCCCAAACCAUCACCUGGAGUCCAGGGCUUCCCUCAUCCUGCCUUUCCAAGGCCUGAUCCUCUUCCAAAACCAUUCAAGACUCUAGCAGGCCUUGGUCUUGCACAGGAAGGAGCCCCAAAACCAGAACUUGUUGAAAAAGAAAGUGAUACUUAUAUUAUUGAAAGGGCUCCCCAAGAACAAGCAAAUCAUGACCAUUUGACUUCUGUUGAUAGAGCACACAGAAAUAAUAAAUGUGACAUGAUGUCAGCCGUAGGAUUGGGAGAAGAGGAAGAUGUGGAAUCACCUUGGGAUUCUGAGAGUAUCUCUGAGAGUGUUCCACAGAAGUUUCUGGAUCAUUUACCUGGAGAUCAGAGAGGAAAAAAUACAUUAAAUGGACAAGCAGAAGGUGUGUCUUUCAUGCCUUCUUGCGUGAGUGGAUCAAGAAACUUUAAGAUGGCUGAACUAGGGGAGCCCAGACAUGCAGGCAUAGCAGUAGCCCACGUGGAGUCUCCUGAGAAAUAUCCUAAUGUGAAGCCCGCAGUCGGAGUGAAAGAUUCUGUUCCUAAUAAAACAGUAGGAACGAAGGAUCCACAAACAUCUAAUUCAGACUGGGAUUCGACUAGUUUGAGCCUCAGUAGUGAGACUUGUCAAAGAGCCGGGCAUUUGAAAGCUGAUGAUCGGCGUCCGUUGGUGUCCCAAUCACUGACCAAAAAUCAGUCAGCACCCACAGAACUCGGACAAAAGACCGCAACAGAUAAAGAAAAGAUGAAAAAUGCAGCGAUGUUUCUGAUUUGA